AUGGCUUAUAUCUACAAGGCUAAAGUGAAGAAGAAUGGCUCACACUAUCGCUGCAUCUGGGGAAAGGUUGCUAGACCUCAUGGUAACAGUGGGGUUGUUCGUGCUAAGUUCAAGUCUAACCUCCCCCCCAAAUCUAUGGGAGAUAGAGUCAGAGUAUUCAUGUACCCUAGCAAUAUAUGAGUAGUGUAGAUCUGCGAGGAGAUCAGUUGAUGACUUAAUUGGCUCGACAUUUUCACUUCGUUAUUAUGAACUUAGUCAAGAUUUUGUGUGCUUUGAACCUGUCAUUUUGUAUCUUUAGGAUGGUGGAUUAUGAGACUGCUUUUUUCUACAUA